ACAAAUCUGCAACGCCAAAUACCACACGUGCGUUCUGUCCUGUUGGCACGUGCAAUCAUCACAGUCCCAGAACGCAGGCAUCCCGUCCAUCAUGGCCGUUGAUUUCAUAGACGGACGUUCGCCACAGCCCUUGCUCUCUUCCUCUCUUCUCCUCUCUUUUCCCUUCCCCUUUCUCUCUCCUCUCUUCCCUCUUCUCUCUCUCUCUCCAAAACCACCAAUGUCCGCGAUCAAGAUUAGGUUUUUAGUCUUUUAGAUUUACACGAGUCAUAUUUCUCCUCUCUCUAAAAUUCUCUUCUCUCUAUUUCCUUUCUCUCUCUGCCGAUAUUUGUGCCCCACAUGACCUGAACUUAGGGUUUCGAAUGGAGCAGAAGCGCCCCAGCAACAAUGGCUACCACUUUCCAAAUAACAACUCGUUUUCUUACUCUAAUCUCUUCAACCUCGAUUCUUUGAUGAACUUUCAACUUCCACAACAAGACGAGGAUCUCGAAGAUUAUGCAAGCAGUAGUCAGGAUGAAAGCGGAGGCAGCCUAGGUCAAGUUGGGAUGGCAGUCGAUCAUGGGAAUGGGAAUUUGGGGGAGAGAUCCACCAAGAGAAAGAAGAGGCUUCAUGGAGAAGGAGGUGAAAUUGGCUCCUUUUCUUCAGCUAGGAGAGAAACAGAUAGCAAUAAUGAAGAUGAUAAUGAUAAUUAUGGCACCCACAUCUCUGAAGAUCACUAUAGAUCAAUGCUAGGUGAGCAUGUAAUGAAAUACAGGAGGUCCAAGCAUAAAGAUAAUUCUACCACAGUUAGAACUCCGGUGUUUGCCCCCAAAAGAAAUGCCCAUAACGCCAAGUCUCGAGUGAAUUCGGGUAGUGAAUCCCUGGCUAUGAAUUCUACAAAGGAAGAUAGAUUGAUUCAUGGAAUGGAAACCCCACCCGAGUACAUGAGCCCCUUGAAGCAAGGAGGUUACUAUUUUGAGUCGGAUGUAGGCCGAGAAUUCAACUACGAUAAGCUUUCUAGCACCCUAGAGUAUGCGUAUCUGGACAUUGGAGAGGGUAUUACAUAUAGGAUUCCUCCCUCUUAUGAUAGGCUUGUGAUGACUCUGAACUUACCCAAUUUCUCAGAUACUGGGAUAGAAGAGUGUUUUGUAAAGGGUAAGGUGGAUUUGGGAGCUCUGGCCACGAUGGUGGGGUCGGAUAAGAAGUUUGGGCCUCGAAGUCGUCAAGCGAUGGGUGAUGCUCCUCUUACUCAUGAGUCGCUUCAGGCGAAGUUGAAGGCAUUGUCGGCUUCUAACUCAGUCCAAAAGUUUAGUCUUCAAGUUUUUGAUAUAGACUCAUCUUCGAUCCCUGAAGGGGCGGCAGGUAACAUUAAGCGGAUGAUCUUGUCUGAAUCAGGGAAUUUGCAGGUUUACUAUGUCAAAGUUUUGGAGAAAGGAGACGCUUAUGAGAUCAUUGAGCGAGCAUUGCCUAAGAAGCAAGUGGCUAAGAAAGAUCCGGCCCAGAUUGAAAAAGAAGACAUGGAGAAGGUUGGUCGAGCUUGGACAACUAUUGUUCGGAGAGAUUUUCCCAAACAUUAUCGAACAUUUGUUGCUUUACAUAGGAAACAACUUCUUGAUGCUAAGAAGUAUUCAGAUUCCUGUCAAAGGGAGGUAAAGGCAAAGAUUACCAGAUCACUGAAAAUGAUGAAGGGAGCAGCUGUGCGCACCAGGAAAAUGGCUAGAGAUAUGUUGGUGUUCUGGAAAAGAGUAGACAAAGAGCAGGCUGAACUUAGAAAGAAAGAAGAAAGAGAUGCAGCAGAAGCCCUGAAACGAGAGGAGGAGCUUCGUGAAGCAAAGAGGCAACAACAGAGGCUAAACUUUCUGCUGACUCAAACAGAGCUUUACAGUCAUUUCAUGCAGAAUAAAUCAACUUCCCAAGCAUCAGACCCUUCAGCCUUAGUAGAUGGAGAUAAUGAAGAUCCAGAAAAUUCUUUAUUGAACUUGGAAGAUUAUAAGCCCUCAGAAGAAGAAGAGGACCCUGAGGAGGCUGCGAUGAAAAGAGAAGCAUUUAAGGCUGCUCACCGUGCAGUAUCUCAGCAGAAGAAAUUGACAAGUGCAUUUGACAAUGAAUGCUUGAAACUGCGUGAAGCUGCUGAACCCCAGGGGUUAUCCGAUGAUACUUCAAUCGCAGGAUCUAGUAACAUAGACCUCCUUCAUCCUUCUACAAUGCCUAUAACCUCAUCAGUGCAGACACCACAAUUGUUUAACGGAAGUCUGAAGGAAUAUCAGCUCAAGGGUCUGCAAUGGCUAGUUAAUUGUUAUGAGCAGGGUUUGAAUGGAAUCCUAGCUGAUGAGAUGGGUUUGGGGAAGACGAUUCAAGCAAUUGCAUUCCUGGCUCAUCUAGCUGAGGAGAAGAAUAUAUGGGGACCAUUUUUGGUUGUUGCACCUGCCUCUGUCUUGAGUAAUUGGGUGGAUGAAUUUAGCCGUUUCUGUCCUGAUUUCAAAACGCUUCCUUAUUGGGGCGGACUUCAAGAUAGAACAAUACUAAGGAAAAACAUUAAUCCCAAGCGUUUAUAUCGUAGGGAGGCUGGUUUUCACAUCCUGAUUACAAGCUACCAGCUGCUGGUGUCUGAUGAGAAGUACUUUCGGCGUGUGAAAUGGCAAUAUAUGGUGUUAGAUGAAGCCCAAGCCAUUAAAAGUGCACAAAGUAUACGGUGGAAGACAUUGCUAAGUUUUAACUGUAGAAACCGCUUGCUGCUAACUGGAACACCUAUCCAAAACAACAUGGCCGAGCUAUGGGCUCUUCUGCAUUUUAUAAUGCCAAGUUUAUUUGACAGCCACGAGCAAUUCAAUGAAUGGUUUUCAAAAGGCAUUGAGAAUCACGCUGAGCAUGGAGGUACUCUAAACGAACAUCAGCUGAACAGAUUGCAUGCAAUAUUAAAGCCUUUUAUGUUGCGGCGGGUCAAAAAGGAUGUCAUUACUGAAAUGACCAGUAAAAAGGAAGUUACUGUGUACUGCAAAUUGAGUUCUCGACAGCAGGCAUUUUAUCAAGCCAUAAAGAACAAGAUUUCUCUUGCUGAGUUGAUUGAUAGCACACGUGGCCAUCUCAAUGAGAAGAAAAUUUUAAACCUUAUGAACAUUGUCAUCCAGUUGAGGAAGGUUUGCAACCACCCUGAGUUAUUUGAGCGCAACGAAGGAAGCACUUAUCUGUACUUUGGAGAGAUUUCAAAUUCUCUUCUACCACCACCAUUUGGGGAACCAGAAGACGUAUACUAUGCUGGGAGUCGGAAUCCUAUAACUUACAAGAUACCAAAAAUGGUCCAUCAGGAGCUUGUGCAACAUGCUGAAGUCCCUUGUUCGGCAACAAGUUCCAGUAUCGAACCAGAAACAUUUGAGAAGUUGUUUAAUAUGUUUUCUCCAGAUAAUGUACAUAGGUCAUUGCUAUUGCAAAGGGGGUGCUCAGAAGACUCCAGCCAUCCCACAACCAGUGGUAGUUUUGGCUUCACUCGUUUAAUUGAUUUGUCACCAGGAGAGGUUUCUUUCUUGGCUAAGGUUUCUAGUUUAGAGAAGCUGCUGUUUUCUAUUAUGAGAUGGGAUAGAAAGUUUUUGAAUGAGAUUUUGGAGCUAUUUUUGGAAGUUGAGGGUGGCGAUCUUCAACAAAAUUCUAACCUGGAAAGAGGAAAGGUGAGAGCUGUGGCACGGAUGCUACUUAUCCCGACGCAUUCAGAGUCUAGUUUACUCAGACGAAAACUAGCUACUGGCCCUGAUCAAGAACCAUAUGAGGGAUUAGUCAUGUCCCACCAGGACAGGCUUCUCUCCAACAUCAAGCUUCUUCAUUCAACAUAUACUUUUAUCCCACCAACUCGAGCUCCACCAAUUAAUGUGCACUGUUCUGAUCGAUGGUUUGUUUAUAAGUUGCUCGAAGAACUGCACCAUCCUUGGGUUAAAAGGCUGAUUCUUGGUUUUGCCCGCACGUCUGACUCCAACGGUCCUAGAAGACCCAAUCUCCCUCACCCUUUGAUACAAGAAAUAGACAUGCAGUUACCAGCUGUCGAGCCUAUUCUUCAACUGACUUACAAGAUUUUUGGGUCUACUCCACCAAUACGAAACUUCGACCCUGCAAAGACGCUUACUGACUCUGGGAAACUUCAGACGCUGGAUAUAUUGCUGAAGAGGUUGCGGGCUGAAAAUCAUCGUGUACUUUUAUUUGCUCAAAUGACUAAAAUGCUGAAUAUCCUUGAGGACUACAUGAACUAUAGGAAGUACCGAUAUCUUCGCCUUGAUGGUUCUUCAACCAUAAUGGAUCGUCGUGACAUGGUUAGGGACUUCCAGACGAGGAGCGAUAUAUUUGUAUUCUUGCUGAGCACUAGAGCUGGAGGGCUGGGAAUUAACUUGACAGCUGCAGAUACUGUUAUAUUCUAUGAAAGUGAUUGGAAUCCAACCCUGGAUUUGCAGGCCAUGGAUAGGGCGCAUCGUUUGGGUCAGACAAAGGAGGUAACUGUGUAUCGAUUGAUUUGUAAAGAGACAGUUGAAGAGAAAAUUUUGCUAAGAGCGAGUCAGAAAAAUACGGUGCAACAACUUGUAAUGACUGGCGGCCAUGUUCAAGGGGACCUUUUGGCACCAGAGGAUGUUGUCUCUUUGCUUCUCGAUGAUGCCCAGCUGGAGCAGAAAUUGAAAGAAGUUCCAGUGCAGGGGACUGAUCGACAAAAGAAGAAACAAGGAACAAAGGGAUUGCGGCUAAAUGAUGAGGGAGAUGCCUCUUGGGAAGAUUAUGCCAAUUUCGAGUCACAGAUGGAGGCUGAUCCAGCAACAGAGCUAGAAAAUGGGAAGGCUACAAAUAAAAAGAAAAAAUCAAAUGCAAACAAGCAAACACCACCAAAGCAGCGUAAUCAACAGAGAAAUACCAAGAACUCGGAUUUCUCGAUGGCAGAAGAUGAAUUUGGGCCAAUCAAUUUUGACGAGGAUCCAUUGCAACAGAAUUGGAAGACACCCAAGAGGCUGAAAAAGAGUGUGGAGAUUCCCCUAGCUCCAGAUUUGGAGGCUUCUGAGUUCCUUCUCUCCAAUGAUCCCAAUCUUCUUGCACAGGCAGAGGACCAGAAAUUGCCUCACGGUUUGUCUUCACCGAGAUAAAAAGAACAGUGGGAGAAAGUAUUGCUUAGCUAAACAAACAGAAACUGGGGGAAUGCUCAUUCCUAAGAUGGCUUUACAGUAGCGGAACGCACGCCCAAGUUGGGCAUCGGUUGAUGCAAAGGAUCAUCAAGUGGAGGGCAAGGUUCUGUAAUAGCUGUUUAUAUGGCAUUCGGGGUAACAAGAAGCAAGAGCAGGGCAGCUGUAAAUGUUGGUGUGCAUAUGUGCUCUCUGGCGUAUGAUAUUCUACAGCUCAGAGAGAGAGAGAGAGAGAGAGAGAGAGGCAUCUUUGUAUGUAUUGCACUGAGUUGGGAUGUAGAGCUUGCUGGCUUGUGAGUUCUCACGGGAGGUAUAUAUAUGCAGCUCCCUGCUAUUUGAUAAAAGAAGCACCAUAAUGAGGCAUUGUUAACUUUCCUUGGAAGUUCUUGUGCUGCUGGAGAAAUAAACAGUGUUGUGGACGUGGCACCAAAUGGCUCACCUUGUAAGCCCUGCUGAUCCGAAUCUACUCUUGGCAUUCCCCAAAAUUCAGUCUCCUUUUGUAGCAGGCCUUUACUGUACUGUACUGGCUGAAAUCAUGGUUCUUUUAUCAGGAGAAUUUUAAAUCUCUCCUGAUUUGUAUAUAAAUAUAACUUAAAAUGCAACAGAAAUGUUAAAAUUGCAAAUGGUGGCGACAGCUCUCUGUUC